AUGAAUAGCAUAACUGUUAUUUGUCCCAAUUCUCGUCGUUGUGUGGUAAAAAUAACACCAUCAACUCAGCUUCGUAAGGUUUUGGAAGAAGCUUGUUUGAAGCAAGGUUUCGAUAUAUCAGCACAUCAGUUAAAGCAUCAUAAUCAUACGUUAGAUUUGGCGUUACCACUUCGUCUUACUGGUUUACCCAAUAAUGCUACCGUUGAGAUGGUGCAAAGUGCAAGCAUUAGUAAUGGAAUUCCAGGACAGAUUCAUAUUGCCUUACAACUUCCAGAUGGAUCUCGUUUUAUGGGACAGUUUCCAAAUAAAGCAAAUUUGUUGGAUGUUUUAUAUGAAUUCUCUCAAAAGUCAACUCAGGACUUAGUAAAAUGUGCUGAUGGUCAAGUACCAUGUUGUGCCUAUAUGAACAAAGAGUAUCGUGGAGAAGCAGAACUUAAAUUAACGACUUUGGAAAAGAUGGGAAUAACAGGAGGGCGCUGUUUGAUCAGAUAUUUUGCGAUGCGUAUGUCACAGAAUGAAAUGUCUAAGCUCGAAAAUCGACUUGCCGAAGAAUAUGAGCGAACGAAAAAGCUAGAAAAAGUGUAUGAAACAAGAAAAAUGGAAAAUGAACGUCGAUUGCAGUUAGAAAAUGAAAGAGAAGAGAUUUUUGAACGCGAACUCAAGAUGAAGCGUGAAGCGGAAGCAACUCGUAUGUUGGAACGCAGUCAAGAAGCUGAUAGAAAUCCUGAAAAUGCUAUUCAUACUACUCUGCUAUCAUCAGCUGGUCAAACUCAAAAUGGAACUGAAUGUGUUGCAGACGCUGAAAGACUACCUCAAGCUUCAUCACGUCUCAUUCAGUUGCAAUCUCUCCUUAAUCAAGUAAAUACUAGUUUAACAACAAAUACAGGUGAUUUUCCUGGUGAACAGCUUAUUGGAGAAGAUGGUAGAAUACAUCUUAGUGAUUUAGAAACAGCAGCACGAACAGAAAAUGUUCGUCUGAGCAACUCUAUUACGCCUUCUUCCGAAGUGUCACAUUUAGCUGUUGAGAAAUGUGACCGGAUGCCUGUCAUAAUCAGAAAAGAUUUGGAAUGGGAUAAAAGCAUAAAAGAUGUGAUCAAAAAGCAAGAUGAUAUUGAUGAUCAAUUUUUCGAACUUACUGUCAACGAUGUACGGAGUAUUCGUCAGGAUCUCAGAGCAGAGGCAGGUAUACAAGAGCAGAGAGCUUUGCUUCCAAAAACAUAUAUUGCUGAAAAAAAUAAGCGUCUAAAAGAAGAAAGUUACAAACAUACGGUAGUACGAUUCAAUUGUGCAGAUAGGACGAUUAUACAAGCUCAGUUUAUCUCACGAGAACCUGUUUCAAGAUUAUUUGAAUUUGUAACAGAAAAUUUGAAAAACUCUCUGAUAAAAUUCGAUCUUUGUCUUGCAAAUCAAAAGCUUUCGUCGACCACCUUAAAAAAUCUAAUUGAAAUCGGUGUUGCUCCGAAAUCUUCACUGUAUAUACGAUUUUAUUCACAAGAAAAUACAUUUGCUGCUCAUUUUGUACGAGAUAAAUUCUGUGAAGUUUCCAUGCCAGAAGCUGAUGAACUUAGCCGCAAAUGGUUGUCAGUAAAUGGUAUUUAUCAACCUUAUGUUCCAAAAGUGACAAAUGCUGAGGAUGUUCGACCAAAUGGAAAGCGUCAAUCGGAAUCACUGGCAAAUGAUGCGGGUCCAUCGAAGUUGAAACAACGACAUUCUGAAAAUCUACCGAAAUGGUUCAAAAAACCAUAA